CGGAGAUAAGAUAGAUCAGGCGGACAGCGGAUAGCGGAAAGACCCACUAUCUUUUUUGGGUAGGCGGCGGGCAGGCACCUUGCACCUUUACACCUUGUCGCCCUUGUCGCUUGCGGCGUCAUCUAAUCAUCCAUCCGUCCACUUACUACUUCAACUAUUUACCACUGAUCUACCUAAAUUUGACCUCCGACUUAUACUUUAUCUAUCUGCCUAAACGACAACAAUCUCGUGAUCAACUAGGCACCCCUUUACGGUCUCAAUCCCGAUUAUCUCUUCUCGAUUCCCGGUUCCUUGUGCUUUGGAUAAGCAUUCGGCACGUCUGUAUUCUCAGACACGCUAGAAAAAGCGACGUCAUCUCCCUAAUCACCACCCUAUCGUCGAUUAUAUCCCGCGACCGAUAUCACUCCUACUAUCCCAUCGAGCCUCUCUUUCUCUAUUCGAGAUUCGCGAAUCCCCAACGCUAGAUCAAGCUCGGCUUCGAUAAAUACUCCUCGAUCCCCCGAUCACCAUGUCCGGCGUUUGGGGUUGGUUCGGCGGCGGCGCUGCCCAGAAGAAGAAGGACAGCCCCAAAAAUGCUAUCCUCGGCCUAAGAGCGCAGUUAGAUAUGCUACAGAAGCGCGAAAAACAUCUCAUGGCACAAAUGGAUGAGCAAGAUGCUAUCGCACGGAAGAACGUCAACACAAAUAAAAACGCCGCGAAGGCUGCGCUGAGGAGGAAGAAGGGACACGAACACAGCCUCGAGCAGACUAUAUCGCAAAUCGGAACCCUCGAGCAGCAAAUUAAUGCUAUCGAGUCUGCAAAUAUUAACCGAGAGACCUUGGCUGCGAUGGAAAGAGCGGGCGAGGCAAUGAAGCAGAUCCACGGCAAACUAACGCCCGAGAAAGUCGACGAAACCAUGGACAAAUUACGAGAGCAAAACGCACUCAGCGAAGAAAUUGUUGCGGCGAUUACGAGCAACCAAAUUGGAGAGCCUGUGGACGAGGAAGAUCUGAACGAUGAGCUCGAGGCAAUGCAACAGGAACAGCUCGACAAGAAGAUGCUCGAGUCGGGAAGUGUACCCGUUUCUGACGCGAUUCACAGGAUGCCUGCCGUUGGGAACCAGGAGAUCCCAGCCAACAAACAGGCUGCUAUCGAGGAAGACGACGAAGAAGCGGAACUUCGGAAAUUACAAGCGGAGAUGGCCAUGUGAUAGCUCGGCUAAUCAAGUUAUCACCUUACUUCUACGCUGACCACGACAGCAACAUCAGAUUCGAGAAAGGAUUUCGGUAGUGGGACUCUAGAAUGGACGAUUGCAUGGGGAACGGUGGUAUUGACACAUUUGAGCUGCGGUGGGAGUUUGGAUCAAGCUGCUCUGGUCUGGACGGGGAUGUAAGAGACGCAUAGCAGCCCCCUUCGAGUCAUAUUUCCCCAUUCCUAAUUACGGCGUCGGCGUUUUGAGACCUGGUGAUUCAUUGGUGGCAACUCAUUUCCAGCAUGUCCAGUUGACGGAUGAAAGAUGUUCUAGUCUACCUACAUAAACUAACUUAUUGACAAUAUCACUGCUGCAAGGCCAAUCUGAGAUUAGUGACCAAUAUAUAAGACCAUCGGCGAAUAUCGCGAUCGGCCCGGGGG